GCAUUCCUUCGGAGCUUCCUGCCUCACCCCCCCCCACCCCGGGCCAGCAAUUUUUAUUUUUUUUAAAAAAGAUCCUCCCUGGAUUUCUUCCACCCGAAUACACACACACACACACACGUAAGCGCAGACCCGUUUGAACCAUGAUCGCGGCUGCCUUUUUGGUCUUGCUGAGACCCUACAGCAUCCAGUGUGCCCUCUUCUUGCUGCUUCUGCUGGUGGGGACCAUCGCCACGAUUUUAUUCUUCUGCUCCUGGCACCGUAAGUUCCAGAAAGGGAGGCAUCCGAUCAAAUCGGUCUUCGCAGGGCGCUCAAGGAGCCGAGAUGCUGUAAUGAGAACACAUCACUUUCGUUCCGAGGUAAUUUAUUUAGCACGCAAUCUCAAGGGCUUUAGAGCAAGUCCACGCCAUGUUAGAAGGCGUGUAGUCCCUCGAUUUGAAGAAAUACAGCCCCUAGUAGAAGCACGUCAAGUGAGUGAGCAAGAAACAUCAGUUAAGAAAAGAAAAAUCAAGAAGACUAGCAGGAUCCAGCCGGAAUUCUACCACUCGGUUCAAGUCACACCUACUCGAAAGCCAAGCUCGGGAAACGCUUCUUACCGAUGCUCCAUUUCCUCCUCUGCGGAUUUUUCCGAUGAUGAUGAUUUCAGCCAAAAAUCUGGCUCCCUCUCUCCGGCUCCGGGCGACACCCUACCGUGGAAUCUACCUAAACACGAGCGAUCCAAGAGGAAGAUUCAUGGAGGAUCUAUCCUAGACCCAGCUGAGAGAGCUGUACUCAGGAUAGCCGAUGAACGGGACAAAGUACAAAAGAAAACAUUCACAAAAUGGAUAAACCAGCACCUCCUGAAGGUUCGCAAGCAUGUCAAUGAUCUGUAUGAAGAUCUGAGAGAUGGACAUAACUUGAUUUCUCUUUUGGAAGUCCUUUCAGGAGAUACUUUACCAAGGGAGCGAGAUUUUUUGAAGACCUUACGGUUGGUGAGUUCAACAGAAGCAUGCCCGUUUGAACAGCAUGAGGAGGAUGAGGAUAAGGGGCCCAGAGAGAAAGGACGGAUGCGAUUUCACAGACUACAGAAUGUCCAAAUUGCACUUGAUUAUUUGAAAAGGCGGCAGGUGAAACUGGUGAACAUUCGAAAUGAUGACAUAACAGAUGGGAAUCCUAAAUUGACAUUGGGAUUAAUAUGGACCAUAAUUUUGCACUUUCAGAUUUCUGAUAUCCAUGUUACUGGAGAGUCAGAGGAUAUGUCUGCUAAAGAGCGAUUGCUUCUUUGGACGCAACAGAUAACAGAAGGUUAUGCUGGAGUUCGUUGUGAAAACUUCACUACCUGUUGGCGAGAUGGGAGAUUAUUUAAUGCCAUCAUUCAUAAAUACAGGCCGGACCUGGUAGACAUGAAUACUGUUGCUGUUCAAAGCAACCUUGCAAAUUUAGAGCAUGCUUUUUUUGUAGCUGAAAAACUUGGAGUUGCCAGGCUUUUGGAUCCUGAAGAUGUCGAUGUCUCCUCGCCAGAUGAGAAAUCAGUAAUCACUUAUGUAUCAUCACUUUAUGAUGCAUUUCCUAAGGUACCUGAAGGUGGUGAAGGCAUCAGUGCACAUGAUGUUGAAGUCAAAUGGAUUGAAUACCAGAAUAUGGUGAACUACCUCAUCCAAUGGAUUAGGCACCAUGCCACAAUAAUGAUUGACAGAGCAUUUCCAAACAAUCCUGUAGAACUCAAGGCACUUUAUAACCAGUAUUUACAAUUUAAGGAAACAGAAAUUCCACCAAAGGAGAUAGACAAAUCAAAAAUCAAGCAUCUAUAUAAAUUACUAGAGGUUUGGAUUGAGUUUGGGCGUAUCAAGCUUCCUCAAGGCUACCACCCAAAUGACAUUGAAAAAGAAUGGGGGAAGCUAAUUAUUGCUAUGUUGGAAAGAGAGAAGAUGCUUCGACCAGAAGUUGAAAGGUUAGAUAUGCUGCAGCAAAUUGCAAACAGAGUUCAGCGGGACAGCCUGAAUUGUGAAGACAAGCUAAUGCUUGCUCGAAAUGCUACGCAGUCAGAUAGAAAACGAUUAGAAGCAGGCCUGCAGUUCCAGAAUGAAGCUGAGAUUGCAGGCUAUCUACUUGAGUGUGAGAAUCUUCUCCGCCAACAAGUUAUGGAUGCCCAGAUUCUUACUGAUGGAAAAUAUUAUCAGGCGGAUCAAUUGGUCCAAAGGGUUGCAAAACUCCGAGAUAACCUUAUGGCCUUAAAAGCAGAGUGUUCUUCAAUCUACAACAAAGGGAGAAUACUAACAACAGAACAGACCAAGAUGAUGAUAUCAGGAAUAACACAAAGCUUAAACUCAGGAUUUGCACCAAGCCUAAGCCCUAAUUUAAACUCUGGACUAAGUCAGGGUUUGUCUCCCUCCUUGACCUCAUCCAGUCUGACGUCAGGUUUAUCAUCAGGUUUUUCCCCAAGAGUGACACCAGCCAUCACCCCAGCAUACACUCCAGGCUUCCCACCACGGUUAAUUCAAAGCUACGUAACUGGAGUUGACACAGGGGCACUUCAAACGCUCAAAUUGACACAGAUUCGGAAGCCUCUGAUGAAAUCGGCUUUCAUUGAUCAGAAUUUAACAGAAGAAGAAGUCAAUAUGAAAUUUGUCCAGGACCUCUUAAGAUGGGUGGAUGAAAUGCAGGUACAACUUGACCGAGCCGAAUGGGGUUCAGAUUUGCCAGGUGUUGAAAGCCAUGUUGAAAAUCACAAGAAUGUUCACAAAGCUAUUGAAGAAUUUGAAUCAAGUCUUAAAGAAGCAAAAAUCAGUGAGAUCCAAAUGACUGCUCCCCUCAAACUCAGCUAUACAGAAAAAUUGCACAAACUGGAGAGUCAAUAUGCAAAACUCUUGAAUGCCUCCAGAAAUCAGGAAAGACACCUUGACACCCUUCACAAUUUUGUAUCACGUGCCACCCGGGAACUUAUAUGGUUGAAUGAAAAGGAGGAAGAGGAAGUUGCACACGACUGGAGUGAAAGGAAUACAAAUAUAGCAAGGAAAAAGGAAUAUCAUGCCGAUCUGAUGAGAGAACUUGACCAGAAAGAAGAAGUUAUUAAAUCAGUUCAGGAAAUAGCAGAACAAUUGCUCUUUGAAAACCACCCUGCGAGAUUAACUAUCGAGGCCUACCGAGCUGCAAUGCAAACCCAGUGGAGCUGGAUUUUACAGCUCUGCCAAUGUGUUGAACAGCAUUUAAGAGAAAACACUGCAUAUUUUGAGUUUUUCAGUGAUGCCAAGGAGGCUCUAGAUUACUUGAAGAAUUUACGAGAUGCAGUACAUCGAAAAUACAAUUGUGAUAGAUCCAGCAGCAUUCAUAAACUAGAAGAUAUGAUCCAAGAGUCUAUGGAGGAAAAAGAACAGCUCCUGCAAUACAAGAGCACCGUGGCAGGCCUUGUGGGCAGAGCAAAGGCAAUAGUUCAGCUAAGGCCGAGGAAUCCCGAAAAUUCCCUAAAAACGUCCAUCCCAAUUAAGGCCAUCUGUGACUAUCGACAGAUCGAGAUAACCAUUUACAAAGAUGAUGAAUGUGUCCUGGCAAGCAACUCCCAUCGAGCAAAAUGGAAAGUGAUCAGCCCAAGUGGCAAUGAGGCCAUGGUUCCCUCUGUUUGUUUUACCAUCCCUCCUCCCAAUAAAGAAGCCAUAGACACUGCAAAUAGAAUUGAGCAGCAAUAUCAGAAUGUCCUAUCUCUGUGGCAUGAGUCACACAUAAAUUUGAAAAGUGUAGUUUCUUGGCACUAUUUAACAACUGAAAUUGAAACUGUUCGAGCAAGUAAUGUUGCUUCGAUCAAAACACUCUUGCCAGGUGAACAUCAGCAGGUUUUAAGCAACUUGCAGUCUCGCUUUGAUGACUUCUUGGAAGACAGCCAGGAGUCCAAAAUCUUCUCUGUUGCUGACAUUGCCCAGUUGGAAAGGGAAGUGAAUGUAUGCAAGCAGUACUACCAAGAGCUCCUUAAGUCUGCUGAGAGAGAGGAGCAUGAGGAAUCUGUUUAUAAUUUAUACAUCUCAGAAGUUCGAAACAUCAGACUUCGAUUGGAGAAUUGUGAAGAUCGUUUGAUUAGACAAAUUCGAACUCCUCUGGAGAGGGAUGACCUACCUGAAAGUGUGUUCCGUAUCUCUGAACAAGAGAAGCUCAAAAAGGAGCUGGAUCGACUCAAAGAUGACUUGGAAACAAUCACAGAUAAAUGCAAUGAUUUCUUCAGCCAAGCUGCUGGUUCCCCUUCAGUCCCAACUCUGCGCUCUGAACUUAAUCUUGUCAUUCAGAACAUGAAUCAGGUUUAUUCCAUGUCUUCCAUUUACAUAGAAAAGUUAAAAACUGUAAAUUUGGUGCUCAAAAACACUCAAGGAGCUGAAACUCUAGUAAAACAGUAUGAGACUAAACUUUGUGAGGAAGACCCAUUAACUGCUGACAAGAGCAAUAUUGAGAACCUGAUGGGUACACUGAAGCAAUGGAGAGCUGAAGUUGAUGAAAAAAGAGAAGUAUUCCAUGCCUUAGAAGAUGAACUCCAGAAAGCGAAAGCAAUUAGUGAUCAGAUGUUUAAAACACACAAGGAACGUGAUCUUGACUUUGACUGGCACAAAGAGAAAGCAGAUCAGUUAACUGAGAGGUGGCAGAAUGUUCAUUCUCAGAUUGAAAACAGGUUGCGUGACUUGGAGACUAUCAAUAAAUCACUAAAGUACUACAGAGAUACUUAUGGUGCACUGGAUAACUGGAUUAAACAAGUUGAAGAAACACAGCAAAAAUUUCAGGAAAACCCACCCCAGAACAGUAAAGCUCUGGCGAAACAGCUAAAUGAACAGAAGCUGCUGGUGUCUGAAAUAGAGAUGAAACAAAACAAACUAGAUGAAUGCCAGAAAUACUCAGAACAGUAUUCAACUGCAGUAAAGGAUUAUGAGUUGCAAACAAUGACAUACAGAGCCAUGGUUGAUUCCCAGCAAAAAUCACCUGUAAAACGCAGAAGGAUGCAAAGCUCCUCUGACUUCAUUAUACAAGAGUUUAUGGAUUUAAGAACACGCUACACAGCCUUGAUAACCUUGAUGACUCAGUAUAUAAAGUUUGCUGGUGAUUCCUUGAAAAGGUUAGAGGAGGAAGAGACUCUGAAAAAUAAGGAGGCUCUGGUACGUGGGGAAUUUUCUAACCUGGAAGAACAGCAGAAAGCAGUACUGAAUGAGAACAAGAAACUUAUGGCGAGAAUAAAUAAACUUGAGAAGGCUCUGGAGGAGAUAAGGAAACAGAAGCUGCAGCUGGAGGAAGAACUUCCAAAAGCCAAAGAAGAUGCAGAAAGGGAAUUAAGGAAGCAGCAGAAAAAAACCGAAGAGAUUUGUCUUCAGAAAGCUAAGGCUGAGCAAGAAGUGAAACGAAUUUCCAUGGAAUUAGAGGAUGUCCUUAAAGAGAAAGAAGCUGCAGAACAGGAGUUAGAACGGGUGAAACAGCUGACUUUGAAAGCUGAGGUUCAAAGAAAUGCAGUUGAAGAAAACCUUAGGGCUUUCAGAAUUCAGCUAGAAGAAAGCAACAUGAUUCGAAAAACUUUUGAAGAACAUUUAAGAAGGAAAGACACAAGUCUUCAGGACCUGGAGCAGCAAAAAAAGGCUUUAAUCGAAGAGCUGAAGAAAAAAACAGCUGAAGAAGAGAAGCUUAUGAAGCUAAUUAAGGAAAUGGAACGUGAUCUUGAGAUGCAAGGUAGUUCAGUGAAGAACAAGUUCAGAGAAAAAGAAAUAACUGACAUCAGAAGGCAAAUUACUAUAAUAGGAAGAGAAACUUGCUCAGACAUUUUCAGAGAAAAGCAAGACAUAAAGAACAUAGAGGAAUUCCAACAAAUAGUAGAUGAACUAACAGUGGCCAACAAAAAGUCUGAAAAAAUAAUUAAGGAUUUAAAAUAUGAACUUCAUGAACUUGAGCUACAAAAUGCAUCCUCUGAAGAAAAGGCUCGUUUAUUAAAGGAAAAACUAGAUGAAGCCAAUCAUUCUCUCAGACGACUUAAAAUAGAGUUGGAUCAGAAAGAACUGAUUGAGCAAGGUUACUUGGAACAACUAAAAGAACUUGACAAGCAGCUGCAGAAAGCCACAGGCAAAGCUGAAGAAGUAAUGCAGGAAUCCAUGGAACUUAAAAGAAUCAAUAUGAAUUAUCAGGAAGAUUUGAGGUCACUUCAAAAAGAAAAGGCACAGUUGAAGAGGGAGCUGGAGGAAUUGACAAGGACACAGACAGAAAUUGAAAUUACUCUUCAGCAGUUGCGUUCACAGAUUGCUUCUCUUCAACAAGAAAAAAUGAUAGCUGAACAGAGAACUAUAUCAUGCAAAGGGGAAGCAAGCAACCUGCAGGAGCAGUUUAGAAAACUGCAGGAGCAAUUGCUUCAAAAAACAAGAGAAGAAAAAGAGAGCCACCUGACUAUUCAACGACUGAAAGAUGACUUAGCCGACAGUAAUCACUUGGUAGAAAAAUUAAAGCAAAAGGUGGAGGAGCUUACAAGGUGGAAUAGUGAAACCAAAAUUAUGAUGACUGAAGUGCACACUGAAUCAGAGAGGAUAGUUCUGGAGAGACAGAUUAUUGACAGGAAAAAUGAUGAAUUAAAAGUUUUGGUUGAUAGCUUCAAAGAGCAGCUCCGGGUUACAAAUGAAGAGCUACACAAACAGAUCAUAAUUGAGCAAGAGCACUUGGAUAAAAUCAAGAGAUUAGAAGAUGAGUUAGUUAAUGCAAAAGAUGUAAUUAAUGAGUAUAAGCAGAAAUGUGAUAGGGAUAUCACUUAUAACAUGAAUACCGAGAUGGAGCUAAGAAAUCUAAACACCCAGGUGAGUACAUUCACUAUGGAAAUUAAAAUGAAUGAGCAAAAAAUCCAGCAGCAACAAGCUCAUAUUCAAGAACUCAACAAUAAGAUAAAGAAGCUGCAAGAUGAUUUCCACCAGAAGACUUUAGACGAGCAAACGACACGUAAAAAGAUGGCAUUGCUCCAGGAAGAGUCAAUUAAAUAUAAGCAUUCUGCCGAAGAGUUUAAGAAGAAGUUUGAUAAACUUUUGGAAUCACACAACAUUGCUGAAAAUGACAUUUCAGGCAUAAGGAUGGAAUGCAUCACUUUACAGCAAGAGAAGCAUAUGGCUCAAGAAAACAUCAGAAUGUAUCAGAUUCAGAUUGAAGAUUUGCAGAACAGACUUCAAAAAUGUCGUGAUCAGUUACAACAAGGGAAACAUGCAGAAAUGGAACAUUUGCAGAAAUACCGCAAACUGGAAGAAGAAUUCCUGAUGCAGAAACGAACAAUGGAACACUUGAAGCACCAAAUAGAUAUGCAGAAAAGAGAGCACUGCAAUCAAUUGCGUUUGUUUCAGAACGAGAUCAGCAAAAAGAACAUCCAGUUGGACUUUGGAUUGAAAGGACUUGACUAUGGUUACUUGGGAGAUGCCUCUCUGAGAGAUUUUGAACAACGUAAAGUGUGCACAAAUACUUCUCCUUUAUUAAGAAGACGGCAAACUGAGAUAAGCAGCCCAGGUUGUAAAUCUGAACAGCUACUAACUCAGAAAUUGCAAAUGGUUUCAACUGAUUCAUUGUCACGAGAAAAGCCAUUCCAGCUGUCUGGACUCUCAAACUCUUUGGGAAGUGGAGUAAACCAACAGUCAUAUUCGGAAUAUGUUUCCCAAAUGAGUACACAGUUUGAAAUCAGCAUUGAUAACAACAAACCGGCCACAAGAUUAUCAGAAAUAGAUAAUUUGAGAGAUGGCAAAUUCCUCAGUUCACGACAUGAAGAAAGUUAUGAAAUGGGAUUAGGGAAACAACUGCAUCCAUUGGAGAAAUCAAUGGAAGAGGAAAAGAAAGAACAUGUUGAAAAAACUGGGGACAUACUGAAAUGGGUUACAGAAAUCACCAGGAGCCUCAGCAAAGACAGCAGAGAAAGGGCUGGAAAAACAGAUUUUCUUAAGAAGCAGAUUUCUUCUGAUGAAUUAUCAUCCAAGAAAGAACAGCUAUCAGAGGCUUUGCAAGGAACACAGAUAUUUUUAGCCAAACAUGGUGACAAAAUGACAAAUGAGGAGAAAAAUGAAAUGGAAAAUCAUAUAAAGUCCUUGCAAGAGUGUUCCAAACUCUUAUCCAAUGAAGGUUUGAUACAGUUGCAGGAGGAAAGAAAUAUAGAUGAAAAAAUGGAUGCAAAGGUGGACAGAGUCAUAGCUGGCAUCAUUGAUCAGACUACCGGAGAUAUGUUUUCGGUCUUCCAGGCAAUUUAUAAAGGCCUUAUUGACUAUGACACUGGAAUCCAGUUACUUCAGAGACAGAUUAUUUUGUCUGGUUUAAUGUCACCUACCUUAGGAAAGAAUUUUGAUCUUGAACAAGCAAAGACCCUUAAACUUGUUGAUGAACACGUUGCGUUGGAACUACAAGAUUUGCAGAACGCUAAGAAGGUUAUUUCGCAACUGAGUCCAGCCUCAAUCCCAGUUGUGACUGCUUUGGAGCAAGGAAUCAUUUCAGAAUCUCUGGCUGUUAAAAUUCUUCAAAUCCAGCUUUCUGGAGGAUACCUAAAAAUAGCAGGCACAGAAGAACCACUAACUUUGCACAAAGCUUUCCAAAAGAAUCUGAUUUCUGGAGCGCUAUAUACUAGGCUUCUAGAAAGCCAGGACACAUCUAGAGACCUUAUUGACCCCAAUACUGCAGAAAAGUUAUCCUUUGAGGAAUUGCUUGAAAGAACUGUAGCUCACCAAGGAACAGGCUUAAGGUUUUUACCAGUGGCUCUUCAAGAAAGAGGCAAAAUAACGUUAACAUGUGGAAGGAAAAUAACUGUUAUGAGGGCAGCUCAUGAAGGACUCAUAGAGAAGGAGACUAUGUUCAGGCUGUUAGAUGCUCAACUACUUUCUGGAGGUAUAAUUAAUCCCAAUUCAGAUCACAGGAUGACUGUUGAAGAAGCAAUGAGAGAAGGAGUUAUAGAUCAAGGUACUGCCUGUGCCCUUUUGACUCGUCAAGUUCAGACAGGUGGAAUCCUGUCCCCAAACUCCCCAAAACGUUUGACUAUAGAUGAAGCUGUGCAGUGCAACCUGAUCUCUUCCACUUGUGCCUUGCUGGUAUUAGAGGCCCAGCAAGGUUUUGUAGGACUCAUUUGGCCACAUAGUGGUGAAAUAUUCCCUGUAUCUAUAUCUUUGCAUCAAGGCAUGAUUUCUAAUGAACUGGCCUGCAAAAUUCUAGAUGGGAGGCAAAAAAUAGCUGCGCUAUAUAUUCCGGAAACGUCGGAGGUAAUCAGCCUCAGUAAUGCAGCCCAGCAAGGAAUUAUAGAUAGUAACAUUUUGUCCAUUUUGAGCAAUAUUACACUUCCUGAUGAAUUGCUGAAUGUGGAUAAUGUGCCAUUCCCUUUGAAAAGGGCUGUCAGAUGUCUGUCGUUUUGUGAAUUCCAUCCAUCUACAGGGAGCGAUCAAAGAAAGGACAUUGAGCAUCUGAACACCGGCAAGCCCAUAAGUCACCACUCGGAACAGAAUCAAAAGCUAUUCAUGUCUUACCUAAUGAUAAACAGUUAUAUGGAUGCAAAUACAGGGCAGAGGCUUUUGUUGCAUUGUGGUGACUUAAAUGAAGCUGUCAGUUUGUUAAUGGCUGACAAGAACUCUGAAUGCAUUACAGUUGGAACUGAAAAUCAAUUUUGUGAAUCUUCUGCAAAUAGGGAAGGUCCAGAUCUUGAGCAACUGCCUAAAAAUGUGUUACUUAGCUUUGUUACUGGCAGUGCCUUAGGUCAAGACACAAGUAUCCAAAGUAUGCUUAGCAACAAUAACCAGGAGGAAUUUCAAGAAGCUGGCCAGAAGUUAGUUAACCAGUCAUGUGCUAAAACUGAUGAGGCAAAAGAAUCCCUUGAUAAGCAUUUGCUAGAAAAUCAUCUUUUAAGCAGAAAUGAAGUUGGUAUUUGCACGCUAAACAGGGAAAAUGAGACUGGCAAUGAAAAUCUUUUAGGUAAACUAGAUAAUGUUUUGGAUGUAAAUAAUCCUUCAGCAUUUACUAAUGAAAGGGAAGUACCAAACAGCACCUGGGAAUGUGUACCUCAUGUUCUGCUGGAUAAUGAAGAAACUAUAUUAAUAAAAGAUGUAGAAAAAGUUAAUUUCCAGGAGAGUUUACUUGCCACUCCGAAAACCGGACAUAAAUCUUUAAAAAAUCUUACUCAGAAAGAAUUAGGGGCUUGUAAUGAAGAAGGGAUAUUUCAGUCAGAUACUAAUAUAAUUGCUGCAUCCCAUAGUCGUAUUAAUAGUUACAGAGUAUCUCCUUUGGAACCUAGAGAGCGUACUCCUGAUAACCUGUUAGAUACUAGUAGUUGUAUGUCUAGCCAUUGGACAUCUGUGAACGAAAAUACUUUUUCUAGGGAUGAUCCACCUCUGAAAGACAACAUCACCUUGAUAAAUCAGGAAAAGAUUACAACAGAAAGAAAUGAAUCUCUGGAGAACAAUAUUAAUAUCAAAGACAAACCUGUAAAUGGGAGUAGUAUAGAUAGUAGAACUUUGCAUGAUUAUUGUACUAAAUCUUACAGAGUUCCAGCAUCGGAAUGUGACAUUACAUCCACUGACUCCUUUCAGAUAGAUCAUAUUGUCACUCAUUUUGGCCUUCCAGUGGAAGGCAAUAUUGGUACAGCAUUGGCAGGAAUCAGUUCUGGAUUUCUUGAUGGGUCACCUAUCAGUAGAGAUAACCAGCUUAGAUUACUUAAUGAGCCAUCCAUGAAUGAUAAUAAGUUACUUCUAGAAGGCAGCAAUAGUAAGCCUUGUGAAACAUGGGAUGAAAGAAAAUGUAUCACUCCACAUUUAGAAAAUAGUAACAAAUACAGAGAUAGUCAAGGCCUUUAUGACAUAGCUCAGCAUAAAGAAGGCAACAUGCAUAAUUAUGAUGUUGAUGAUAUUGUUGAUAAUAUGGCCCAAGUUGAUAAGGAUAGGUCCUCUACUGAUAAGGGCACUAUUAUUCCAGAAGGCAGUGGCAAUGUACUAUGUAUUGCUGUAGAUAAGCCAACAGAAGAAGCAUCAACAUACCUUCUGCAUAAUAAAGAGGAAAGUUUUCUAGGCUUUGGUCAUUUGGAUAUUGAUGAUACACUAGAGACUGUGACUAAGAAGCCAUUCGGUGAAGGCCCUGUUCAAGAAGAGAUGGGAGAAGGGACUGGAAAUGUAGACAAGGGAUGGAGGGAAAGAGAAAGAGGUGAGGUUUUCACUUCCCUGAGAAAAUUGGAUGAAGCUGAAAUAGAAAGAGAUAGGCAAGAGCACAGUAGUACUGAAGAAGAAUAUUAUUCUGAUGAAACUGGACAAGAAAGCAUUUCUGCAGAUAAUAACUUAGGUAAUAAGGAUAAUGAAAGCGAAGAUGACUUUAAUAGUUAUGAUUAUGUAGAUUUUGAUUAUUAUACGUCUAAUGAGACCGAUUAUGAGAACGAGGAAGUGAUGGAAAUACAGUACUCACAGAGUCAGGGUAUACAUGCUAGCAGCCAGUGUUCAGGAGAUGAAAGAGAGCAGUUUCAACAGAAGACAGAAGACAACAUUACUUGUCAUGACUACAACUUGCAAGUAGAGUUGAAAAAUGGCUUACCAUGUUUUAAAAGAAAUGUUGAUGAUUGUCAAAAUAUAACGAAUGAUAAAAGUAAAGAGGAAAGCCAGAAAGAUGCUGAAAAGGUUUUGGCGGAGAAUGCCCCUGGAACAAAAGAUGCUCAGGCUGACUCAGAUGUUGUUCUUCAAAACACCUUGCCCUCUGAGCACAACAAGGCUAUCGGGCAUGAUGUAAAAGCAGUGUCAUUACUGAGUUGUAAGAAAAGUCACGGAGUAAAUGAUGAACAAUUAACACAAGAUAUCAUGGGUGAUGUAAAACAGAAUAAAAAUGGAGUAUGCCUUCUGCAGGGAGAGAGUAUCCGGGAAUCAGAUGGAAGCUUGACAAAGAGUUGUCCAUUGGGCGUUAAAAACACUUACGAAACUAUUCCCUCAUGUCAGGAGAAAGCAAGUCUUGACCAAUUUUCAAAUGAAGCUAAAUCCCAUCUACAACCUAGUUGCUUUGCCACAGAUGUAACUAUUGACUGUGAUGAGGUAGUUGAAGUGGUUGACCUUUCUACUUACUUAAAGCAGUGUGCACAAAAUAUCAAAACCAAGGAUAUCCUAUCACUGAGACAAAGAGUUUCAUCCAACGUCGUGGAACUUGAAAGAGGCAAUAAAGAGAAUGGAAUGGAAGCUGUAAAAACUCAAACAAAACGGCAUUCUGAAGAACCAAAUUUCCAGAUUCUGACAUCAGAUAUACCAGAUGCUAUCCAAAUGAAUGACACCAAAGGAAGAGAAGGACAUUACAAAUUGUAUCAUGAAAAACUCCAAUCUGAGAGCUUUGAUAUUAUGGAAGAUAAAACUGCUGAAGAAGUAAUUAACAAGGUUGGAAUGGGUUGUAAGGAAUGUUUGCAAACAGCGGGCUCCUUUUUUGAUACUUUAGGCCCUAUGGGUAACAGCUGGCCUACAAAACAGAAUAUGCAUGAAAUACUUGUUAAUCACAGUACUGAAAGAAAUGAUGAGGUAGAGGAAGAUAACAAUUCUACUUUUUUACAAAAAGCCACCAAGAAAAAUGCGCAAUUAUCACAAAAAGGAACACAUCUGUCUGAUUUUCCUCUAAUAGAGGAUCAGAACAUACUCUUGUCUAAUGUCCCUGCUGCAUUGCAUGAAACCUUACCAAAUAUACUUAAAAACAGAAUAGAAGAUUUCUGCAUUCACUACAAGCAGGAAGAUAACUCUUUAAGUUAUACUGGCACAAGGGCUUUAAUGCAAAAUGUAUUUAAAACCGUUGAUCAUAUGCAUCAGGGACAGUCAAAUCAGUCUGAUAACAAAGAUGAAAACUGUGUUACUGAAACAGCCAUUCUGGUCAAUCCAUUUUGCAUCAGUGCAAAUGAACACAAUCCUCCCCCAGAUGUUUGGCUUGAUAAUAGCAGUCCUGAUCUCCUCCUUGAUAUACUGAAGCAAGAUAAUUCUAAUCAUAAAAAUAAUGACAAACAUGGAGUCAUCAGUGACAAAGACCAGACUGAAAAGAAUCAGGUGAAAACAGUUUCUCAGCUUGCUCAAUUAUUUCCAAACCCAGAUGGAGCUAAAGAUGCAUCAGACUCAAAACCAAUUGCCUGCUCAAAGAAUCCAGCUCUGAGCAGUAACACUCUUGUUUUGGAAACAAAUCGGUCUAAGGAAAAAUACCAUUCAGGAGAACACUUUUGUGAUCAUGCCUUGGAAAUGAGGGAAUCUUUUCCAGGAUCUGUGGCAAUGAGCAUGUUACCCAGUGCUCUGCAGCCCUGUUCUUGGUACACGGAGAACCUGAGAAGGCACUUGAUAAUGGUCCAAGAUAUGAAAUUUCUCUUAGAUGAUCUGCAGCCCAUCAGUAAUGACUUGGAAGCUCUAAAAGUACAACUUGAACAAUUAGAGGCAUUUGAAUCAGGACUUGCUAGGUUUGCUGUCACUUUGCAAAAAGAUAUGAAGUUGGCAGAAGGCUUUCUGAAAUUACAAUCCAGAGAUGUUCCUGCACAGCAGCUGGAAGAUCUAAAAGAAAGCUAUAAAUGCUUAGAGAAGGAAUUCUCUACGGUCUGUGAAAUGUCUUCAAACCGAGCAAAGCAAAUAGCCUUUGCUGUAGACUCUGAAAUGGGCAAGCUUGCUGUGUUGCAUCAGGAACUUUUAGUCAGUCUUCAAGAGUUCACAGAUUGGAUCGUUGAAAAGAGUGAAACGAUGAAGAAUUUGAAGACGGUGAAUGUUUGUGAUGUGGAAGAUGUGAAGCAAAAGCUUCAGUUAGCCAAGGACCAAGAAAAAGAGCUUGGAUGUAGAAAAAUGCAAUUGGAAUCUACAGCAUUUGAUAUUCAGUUCUUCAUUUCUGAACAUGCCCAAGAUCUGUCCCCAAAUCAAAGCAAACAACUGUUGAGGCUAUUAAAUUCUACACAACGACACUUCCAGGAAAUGCAAGAAAAAAUAAGAUCUCAAGUGGAUCAUUUUGAAUCUCUCUUACAAACAGCUCAAGUUCUUAUUGAUCAGCAGGAUUUGAUGGAUCAGCAUGAGGAAUUCCAAGAAAAAUUACAGGAUAUAUGUGAUCUACUCACACAGACAGAAAAUCAGAUCAUUGGCCACAAAGAGGCCCUUGUGAUUGAAGAUAGCAAGACUGAAUUACAGCAAUACCAAACCAGGCAACAGGAAUUACAGAAAAAUAUGCAAGCAAAUACACAGGCCUUGGCAGAAAUUGUGAAAGAUACAGAAAUGUUCUUGAAAGAGAAUGGGGAAAAGCUGCCAUUGGAAGAUAAGAUUGCUCUUGAGAGGAAACUGAAUGAAGCGAAGACCAAGUGUUUGCUGCUAAGCCAGAAGGCAGAGGAAUCCAGAAAAGAGCUGGAUAAAGCUGUGACAACAGCUAUUAAACAAGAAACAGAAAAGGUUGCAGCUAGACAACAACUUGAAGAGAGCAAAAAUGUGGUAGAAAAUCUUCUGGUUUGGCUGUCAAAUGUAGACAAGGAUGCUGACCAUAGAGGUACAAAAUGCAAGCCAACAAUCAAACAGAAUGGUAUUGAUUUUCAUGAAGGAAAUGGAGAGGAUUUGAUUGGAGGGGAAGAUGAAGUAAAUGGCAACUUGCUAGAAAUCCAAGAACAGAAUGAAACUCUUGUAGAUGGACGACCUACACUGUCGGACGAUAAUCUCAACAUGCAAUACCAGAAAGCUAAGGCGCAACAUGAAAAAAUUAUCUCACAGCAACAAGCCGUCAUCGUAGCAACACAGUCCGCCCAGGCUCUGCUUGAGAAGCAAGGACAUCACUUUUCACCAGAGGAAAAAGAAAAAAUCCAACAGAACUUAAAGGAGCUGAAGGUGCAGUACGACACUGCAUUGGCUGAAUCCGAACAGAAACUGAAGUUAACCCGCUCGCUACAGGAGGAGCUUGAGAAAUUUGAUGCAGAUUACUCAGAAUUUGAAAGUUGGCUGCAGCUGGCAGAGCAAGAACUUGAGAACCUGGAGAUUGGAGCCUCUGACUUUGGCGGCAUUAUCAUCAAACUGCAAAGGCAGAAAAGUUUUUCUGAAGAUGUCAUUUCUCACAAAGGGGAUUUGAGGUUUAUCACCAUUGCUGGACAGAGAGUAUUGGAGGCUGCUAAAUCCUGCAACAAAACAGAAGGUGUCAGAUACGAGAAAGAAGGCAUGGAUACUUCAUUGACUUACAUGGAAGUACAGGAUAAGCUGGAUAGAGCAACUAGUCGCUUCAAAACUCUCUACUCUAAGUGUAGUAUCUUUGGAAAUAAUCUCAAAGACCUGGUAGAUAAAUACCAGAAUUACAAAGAUGCUGCAUCUGGACUUCUGUCUGGACUCCAGGACUGUGAAGAAGCUGUGAAUAAACAACUAUCUGAAGCAAUUGCUGGGGAUCCAAAAAAUCUCCAAAGGCAGCUAGAAGAAACCAAGGUGCUUCAAGGACAAGUAUCUAGUCAUCAGGUUGCAGUAGAGAAAUUGAAAAAAGCAGCUGAAGUGCUUUUUGACACGAGAGGAGAAUUAUUGCCGGACAAAGAUGAAAUCCAGCAUACACUGGACACUAUUGUAGAUAAGUAUAAUCAGUUAUCUAAAGCAGUGAACGAUCGUAAUGAAAAGCUCCAAAUAACUUUGACUCGUUCAUUAAGCGUUCAGGAUGGAUUAGAUGAAAUGCUAGAUUGGAUGAAUGGUGUUGAGAAGAAUCUCGAGGUACAUAGCCAAGUGCCUUUGAACUCUGCUGCUAUUGAAGAUGUCAUUAGCAAAAAUAUGGCACUAGAACAAGACAUUAUAGGCCGUCAGAGCAGCCUAAACGCCAUGAAAGAAAAAAUGAAGAAAUUCAUGGAAACUGCAGAUCCCUCAACUGCAUCUUCCUUAGAAGCUAAAAUGAAUGAGCUUUCCCAAAGGUUUUGCGAAGCUCAUAAUAAACAAAAGAAAAAACUAGAAGACAUGGAAAAACUGAAGACCAGAGUAGAACUGUUUGAAUGUCUGUCUGACAAACUUCAGUCAUUCUUCGACAAGAAAGCUCAAGCCCUCAAUGAGGCUGAUAUUCCAGGAAAGGACGUUGCUGAAAUGUUCCUUUGUGUGCAGGAAACCAACACAGAAUUGAUGGAGCAGAAGAAAGAUCUUGAAGUUUUGCAAUACCUCAUUGAAGAACUUUCUCCUCAUGUUCUACCAGGAGACAAGUCAUUGGUGUUAGAAAAAGUAAAUGUCUUGUCAAAGAAAUUUAGGGAAAUGGAAGAGAUGGUACAAGAAAAAGAGAAGGAUGUGUCCUCUUGCCAACAACAAAUUGAUGCAUUCAGGUGUUAUGUUGAGUCUCUGAAGAAAUGGGUAGACGAAACGACAGAAAGAAUUCCCCAUAUACAGCCCUCUUUAAAUACUGAGAGCUUAAAGAAACAUUUGCAAAGCACCAAGGAUUUGGAAGAUGAAUGGAGUGCAAAGGCACCUGAUCUUAAGAAAAUGAAUAGCAGAGGAAAUGCUUUGUGUAACCUAAUUAUUGCUGUGACUUCCACUGCAAAAUCAUGGGGAGUAAAGUCAGAUGUGCUUGGGGAAAUACUGAAUGGAGAUGGAACAGCUACUGGUAAUCAGGGUUUCAUGGCAAACAAAGAACUGACUACGAUUCAAAAUAGCAUGUCAGCUGUAAAUCAGAGUUAUGAUGACUUGGGAGCAACACUGAAGAACAAAGGAUCAGAAUUGGAAUCAAUGCUUUUAAAUAUGCAAAACAUUCAAGAAGAAACGAGUUCUAUGAUGAAAUGGUUACAGAAAAUGGACACAGUUGCAGCUAAAUGGGAAACAACUAUUCUUGACAGUGAAACAGUUAAAGAAAAAGUUGAUCAGCAUAAGCUAUUUGAAACAGAAUUGAAGCAGAAUGAGAGUAAAGUGCAAGAGCUGAAGGACAGAGUCACAGAGUUGCUGGAAAAAAACCCUGAUUCUUCUGAGGUGCCAAAAUGGAAACAAAUGUUAGACAAAAUAGAUUCUAAAUGGAGUCAACUCAGCCAGGUAGCAGCUGAUAGACAGAAAAAAAUGGAGGAAUCAUCAAAUUACCUGACCCAGUUUCAGGCAACUGAGGCUCAGUUAAACCAAUGGCUGGUUGAAAAAGAAUUAAUGAUCAGCGUGCUUGGACCACUAUCAAUCGAUCCAAAUAUGCUAAACACACAGAAGCAGCAAGUCCAGAUUCUGCUCAAAGAGUUUGAUACCCGGAAACUCCAGUACGAACAGCUGUCUGAAGCAGGCCAGGGAAUCCUGCAGAGGCCUGGCGAACACCCUCCUACUCAUGAAAGAGUGAAGCUGCAGCUGACAGCAGUGGCACAGAAAUGGGAUGGUUUAACAGGACAGCUGAGCGACCGCUGUAGUCGAAUUGAACAAGUCAUUGUCAAAAGCACAGAGUACCAGAACUGUCUGAAAAGCCUUUCCGAGAAACUUAGCAUGCUGGAAAAUAAAUUCAGCCAGAACCUGGCUAAAAGUGCAGACCCUGAUUCUGUGAAGCAGCAACUGGAAACGGCUCAGGAAAUAAAAGGCGAAAUAGACCAAGAAAUGUUACACUUAAAUGCUGCUCAGGUUGUGUGCGAGGAAUUGUCUGUGUUGGUGGCAGAAGAUUACUUGAGAGCUGAACUUAUUAGGCAAUUGGAAGGUGUCUUAAAGCCUUUCAAGGAGAUGGAACAAAAAGCAGGCAGUCUCAUUGAACAACUUCAGUUAACAUAUGCAAGUUCUCAUCAGUUCCAACAAAUGUCCAAAGACUUUCAAGCGUGGCUGGACACAAAGAAACAAACACAAAAUCAGUGUCCUCCCAUUUCCACUAAGCUAGAAAGCUUGCGGUCGUUAAUUGAGGAUCAGAAAGAAUUUAAGGCAGCACUGUCUGACCAAAUUGGUUCCUAUGAAAAAAUAAUUUCAGAAGGUGAAAAUCUGCUUCAAAAGACUCAAGGGACAGAAAAAACAGAAUUGCAGUCCCAGCUCAACAUGCUCAAAGCUAACUGGGAUGAGCUGCAUAAGCAAGCGAAUGAAAGGCAAGAUAAGUUGAAUGAUUGUUUGGAAAAGGCUCUCCGAUACAAAGAACACGUAGAGGUCCUGCAAUCCUGGAUAACCAAGUGCCAAAAUAACUUAUCAGAAAUUAAAAUAGGCAUCGAUCCUGUUGAGAUAGAGAAUUCCAUUGCUCAGGUGAAGACUUGGCAGAAGGAUUUGGAUAAACACCAAGGGAUUGUUGAGCUCUUAAGUAACGCAGCAGGAAGUUUUCUUAGUGCCUGUCAAACUGAUAAGGAUGUUAUUGAAGAGGAAAAGAAACGAUUGAUACAGAAGAUGGAUAUGGUCACAGAAGAGUUACAUAUUAAAAGGGAUACUCUUGAAAAGAUGUCUCGGAGAUUAAAAGAGUUUCAAGAAUCAUCCCAGGACAUUAAGGAGCAGUUGAAGAAUACUAGGGAACAGUUAGACAUCCACAAUGCUCUUAAACCUCAGGCUUAUAGUAAUAAACACUUAACUAUUAUGCAGGCUCAGCAGAAAGCCCUUCAGACGUUAAAGCCACAAGUAGAUGUGACAAAAAAACUUGCCCAAGAUCUGGUAGUGGAUGCUUCCGAUUCAGCAAAUAUCUCUGACCUCUUGUUGCAAUCAGAAUCGUUAGAAGAAGAAUUCAACGCGGUCAACCAGCAGGUUGAGGAUGAAUGUUCCUUCCUGGAGACUAAGCUCCAGGGAAUUGGCCAUUUCCAAAAUACCAUUCGAGAGAUGUUUUCUCAAUUUGCAGAGUUUGAUGAUGAGCUGGAUAGUAUGGCUCCUGUGGCCAGGGAUCUUGUCACACUGCAGUCCCAACAAAAGGACAUCAAAGUUUUCCUUAAAAAAUUGCAGGAAUUGAUAAGCAACAAUGAAAACGCAAACAAGUCAUGUAAAGUGAUGUUAGCGAGUGACGCAGAGGCAUCUCCUGAUCUCGCAGGUAUAAAAAGGGAUUUAGAGGCUCUGAAUAAGCAGUGCAACAAAUUACUGGACAGAGCAAAAGCCAGGGAAGAGCAGAUCGAAGGGACGAUUAAUCGCGUUGAAGAAUUUUACAGCAAACUAAAGGGAUUUGCCAAACUGCUUGAGGAAGCUGAAGAACACGAAGAGUCCCAAGGCCUUGUUGGAAUGGAAACAGAGGUUAUUAAUCAACAACUGAAAGUAUUUCAGGCAUUUGAGAAAGAAGAGAUUGAACCACUGCAACUUAAGCAGCAGGAGGUAAAUUGGUUGGGCCAAGGCCUUAUUCAGAGCGCUGCUAAAAAUGCAAGUACUGAUAACCUUGAGCGUGAUCUUGAAGACGUUAAUACAAGGUGGAAGACUCUCAAUAAAAAGGUUGCACAAAGAGCAGCACAAUUGCAAGAAGCAUUGUUGCACUGUGGGAGAUUUCAAGAUGCUGUUGAAUCGAUUCUUAGCUGGUUAAUUGAUACAGAAGAUCUUGUGGCUAAUCAGAAGCCCCCGUCUGCUGAAUUUAAAGUUGUGAAGGCCCAAAUACAGGAACAAAAACUUCUCCAGAGAUUGUUAGAUGACCGCAAACCUACUGUUGAAUUGAUCAAGCGUGAAGGGGAAAAAAUGGCAGAGUCAGCAGAGCCGGCAGAUAAAGAAAAGAUCUUGAAACAGCUGAGUCUCCUGGACAGCAGAUGGGCUGCAUUGCUUGAUAAAGCAGAAAUGAGGCAUCGCCAGUUGGAAGGGAUUUCAACUGUAGCUCAGCAGUUCCAUGAAACCUUAGAACCGUUGGUUGAAUGGCUAGCAACUACUGAAAAGAAGCUUUCCAAUUCAGAGCCCAUUGGCACCCAGGCUUCCAAACUGCAACAACAGAUUUCUCAACAUAAAACUUUAGAGGAAGACAUCACCAUUCACAAUAAAAAUCUACAGCAAGCAAUUAAUAUCGGUCAAAUUUUAAACACAUUGUGCUCCAGGGAAGAUAAAGAGAUGGUUCAAGAGAAAUUAGAUUCUUCAGAAGGCCGAUACAUUGAGGUUCAAGAAAAAAGCAAAAGUAGGGCUGAGCUCCUGAAACAAGCCUAUUGCAAUGCUCAGAUUUUUGGAGAAGAUGAGGUUGAAUUGAUGAACUGGUUGAAUGAAGUCCAUGAGAAACUAAGCAAAUUGGGAGUUCAAGACUACAGUACUGAUUUACUAGAGAAACAGCACGCUGAAAUGCUGGUUCUUCAAGAAGAGAUUAAGGUCAGAAAAGAUAAUGUUGAUCAAGCUAUUCAAAAUGGUUUACUGCUUCUUAAACAAACUACAGGAGAUGAAAUUGUUGUAAUUCAAGAUAAAUUGGAAGGCAUCAAAGCAAGGUACAAGGAUAUCACUAACCUGAGUUCUGAGGUGUUCAAGACUUUAGAAGAAGCUCUUCAGUUUUCAGGGCAGCUCCAGUCAGUUCACAAAGAACUCUGUUCUUGGCUUGACAAAGUUGAAGUCGAAUUACUUUCAUACAACUCUCAAGAUCCCAAAGGCAAAGAACUAAGCGAAACACAAGAAAGACAAAAAGAACUGAAAAAAGAAGUAAAAGAUAAGAAAAGUUUAUUGGAUAAUCUCAAUGAAGUCAGUAGUGCUUUGUUGGAACUGGUGCCAUGGAGAGCAAGGGAAGGGAUAGAUAAAAUGGUUACAGAAGACAAUGAACGAUACCGGUUAAUGAGUGACACUUUAAAUCAAAAAGUGGAAGAAAUUGAUGCUGCAAUUUUAAGAUCACAACAGUUCGAUCAGGCAGCUAAUAAUGAAUUAGCCUGGGUUGACAAAACAGAAAAGAAACUGAUCUCUCUGGGUGACAUAAGACUUGAACAGGACCAGACCUUUGCUCAGCUGCAAGUUCAAAAGGGAUUUACCAUGGAGAUUUUGAAACACAAAGAUACAAUAGAAGAACUUGUUUCAUCUGGGGAUGAGAUCAUGAAGACAUGUACAGAGGAGGAGAAACAAAUUAUAAAGAACAAACUGGAAAAUCUUUUGCAUAAAUACGACUUGCUCUGUCAAAUGAACUCCAAGAGAAACUUGCAACUAGAACGGGCUCAAUCUCUAGUUAGCCAGUUUUGGGAGACUUAUGAAGAGAUUUGGCCUUGGCUAAGUGAAACCGAGAUCGUCAUCUCGCAGCUCCCAGCACCAGCUCUUGAAUACGAAACUCUGAGGCAGCAGCAAGAAGACCACCGGCAACUACGAGAGUUGAUUGCUGAACAUAAGCCUCACAUAGAUAAAAUGAACAAAACUGGACCUCAACUCCUGGAGCUGAGCCCACAAGAGGGAUUUUUAAUCCAAGAGAAAUAUGUAGCAGCUGAUGCUCUUUACAGUCAAAUUAAAGAAGAUGUCAGAAAGCGGGCCCAAGCACUGGAUGAAGCCAUUUCUCAAUCGACUCAGUUCCACGAUAAGAUAGAUUCAACUAUUGAGAACCUGGACCGGAUCGUUGAACGUUUGCGGCAGCCACCUUCAAUCUCAGCUGAAGUUGAAAAGAUUAAAGAACAGAUCAGUGAAAAUAAGAAUGUCUCUGUAGAUUUGGAAAAACUGCAGCCAGUGUAUGAAACUCUAAAGCUGCGUGGAGAAGAAAUGAUUGCACGUUCAGAAGGAGCUGAUAAAGACAUAUCGGCUAAAGUUGUUCAAGAUAAGCUCGAUCAGAUGGUAUUUAUCUGGGAGGAUAUCCAUGCUUUGGCUGAGGAAAGGGAAGCAAAGCUCCUUGAUGUCAUGGAAUUAGCAGAGAAGUUCUGGUGUGAUCAUAUGGGUCUCAUAGCCACCAUCAAAGAUAUUCAAGAUUUUAUCAGAGAACUAGAAGGAGCAGGGAUUGAUCCUUCGGUGGUGAAGCAACAACAGGAAGCAGCAGAGACCAUCAAAGAAGAGAUAGAUGGGUUACAAGAAGAACUUGAUGCCGUUGUGAAUCUUGGCUCUGAACUCAUAGCUGCAUGUGGUGAACCUGACAAACCAUUAGUCAACAAAAGUAUAGAUGAGCUAAAUUCCAUUUGGGAUGGCUUAAAUAAAGCAUGGAAGGAACGUGUUGACAAACUUGAAGAUGCUAUGCAGGCUGCUGUUCAGUAUCAAGAUGGACUGCAGGCUAUGUUUGAUUGGGUGGAUAUUGCUGGUAGUAAAUUAGCUUCAAUGUCACCAGUUGGAACAGACCUAGAAACAGUAAAACAGCAAACAGAAGAAAUGAAGCAAUUUAAAAAAGAAGCCUACCAACAACAGAUAGAAAUGGAACGACUGAACCAUCAGGCUGAACUGUUGUUGAAAAAAGUUACAGAGGAAAGUGAGAAGCAUACUGUUCAAGAUCCUUUGUCUGAACUCAGGUUAUUAUGGGAAUGUCUGGAGAAUAAAAUCAUUAGCCGACAGCAUAAACUGGAAGGUGCUUUAUUAGCUUUGGGGCAGUUCCAGCAUGCUCUGGAUGAGUUGUUGACAUGGCUGACACACACUGAAGACCUGUUGAAUGAACAGAGGCCAGUGGGAGGUGACCCCAAGGCUAUUGAAAUUGAGCUGGCCAAACAUCAUGUGCUGCAAAAUGAUGUCUUGGCUCACCAGUCUACUGUGGAAACAGUUAAAAAAGCGGGAAAUGACCUGAUUCAAUCAAGUGCUGUGGAAGAAGCUAGCAAUCUACAAAGCAAACUUGAGCUUCUGAAUCAACGAUGGCAAAAUGUCUUGGAAAAAACAGAAAAAAGGAAACAGCAGCUGGACAGUGCUUUGAUCCAGGCCCAGGGUUUCCAUGGUGAUGUUGAAGACUUACAACAAUGGCUGACAGAAACUGAGCGUCACCUUUUGGCAUCAAAGCCUGUUGGUGGCUUACCAGAGACUGCAAGAGAGCAGCUUAAUACCCAUAUGGAACUUUGUGUUGCCUUUGAAACUAAGGAAGAAACAUACAAAUGUCUGAUGCAGAAGGGCCUACAGAUGAUUGCAAGAUGCCCAGAGUCUAUGGAAACUAAUGUUGAGCAGGAUAUAAAUAAUCUUAAAGAAAAAUGGGAAUCAGUAGAGACCAAACUCAGCGAAAGAAAAAUCAAGCUGGAAGAAGCUCUCAGUUUGGCAAUGGAAUUCCAUAAUUCGUUGCAGGAUUUUAUCAACUGGCUUACUCAGGCUGAGCAAACUUUGACAGUGGCAUCUCGGCCAAGUCUUAUUUUAGACACCGUCCUAUUUCAGAUUGAUGAACACAAGGUCUUUGCCAAUGAAGUAAAUGCUAAUCGUGACCGGAUUAUCCAGCUAGACAAAACUGGAACUCAUUUGAAGUAUUUCAGCCAGAAACAGGAUGUUGUCCUCAUUAAGAACCUUCUCAUUAGUGUCCAGAGCAGGUGGGAAAAAGUAGUUCAGCGUUUAGUAGAAAGAGGAAGAGCCUUGGAUGAUGCAAGAAAGCGUGCCAAACAGUUCCAUGAAGCUUGGAUCAAACUUACUGAAUGGUUGGAUGAUUCAGAAAAGACUUUAGAUGCAGAAUUGGAAAUUGCAAAUGAUCCAGGCAAAAUUAAGAUGCAGCUUGCCCAGCAUAAGGAGUUCCAAAAAGCUCUUGGAGCCAAACAUUCCAUGUAUGACACCACAAACAGGAGUGGACGCUCUUUAAAAGAAAAAACUUCCCUUGCUGAUGACAGUCUGAAAUUGGAUGACAUGUUGAGCGAGCUUAGAGACAAAUGGGAUACGGUCUGUGGAAAAUCUGUAGAAAGACAAAACAAACUGGAAGAAGCUCUCCUGUUUUCUGGACAGUUUACUGAUGCUCUUCAGGCUCUCAUAGAUUGGCUUUACAAAGUAGAACCGCAGCUGGCCGAAGACCAGCCUGUGCACGGAGACAUUGAUUUAGUGAUGAAUUUAAUAGAUAAUCACAAAGGCUUCCAAAAGGAACUGGGGAAAAGGACCAGUAGUGUUCAGGCUCUGAAACGCUCUGCUCGAGAGCUGAUAGAAGGUAGCCGUGAUGAUUCCUCUUGGGUUAAGGUUCAAAUGCAGGAGCUUGGUACUCGGUGGGAGACUGUGUGUGCGCUCUCGGUCUCCAAGCAAACUCGACUGGAACAGGCCCUUCAUCAGGCAGAGGAAUUCCACUCGGUUGUCCAUGUGCUUCUGGAAUGGCUGGCUGAAGCUGAGCAGACCCUGCGUUUCCAUGGGAUCCUUCCAGACGAUGAAGAAGCUCUGCGUAAGCUAAUAGAUCAGCAUAGGGAAUUCAUGAAGAAACUGGAAGAAAAAAAGAUUGAGCUAACUAAAGCUACAGGUAUGGGAGAGGCCAUCCUGGCUAUUUGCCAUCCAGAUUCCAUCACUACCAUUAAACACUGGAUAACCAUCAUCCGAGCAAGAUUCGAAGAGGUGGUAGCAUGGGCAAAGCAACAUCAACAGAGAUUGACAGGAGCCCUGGCUGCUCUUAUUGCUAACCAGGAGUUAUUGGAAGCACUAUUAUCCUGGCUGCAGUGGGCAGAGACAACCCUGACUGAAAAAGAUAAAGAAGUCAUUCCUCAGGAGAUUGAUGAUGUCAAGGCACUCAUAGCAGAGCAUCAGACAUUCAUGGAAGAAAUGACCAGAAAACAGCCUGAUGUGGAUAAAGUUACGAAGACACAUAAAAGAAAAGCAGCUGAAACUAGCCCAAUCCAAUCUCAUAUUCCUGUACUGGAUAAGGGAAGAGGAGGAAGAAAACGUUCUACAGUCCCGAGUAUAUAUUCUCCAGGGGCUCAGACCCAAAUUGAGACGAAGAAUCCACAGAUUAACCUCUUGCUCAGCAAAUGGCAACAAGUCUGGCUCCUGGCCCUGGAGAGACGAAGGAAACUUAAUGAUGCCUUAGACCGAUUAGAAGAACUGAGGGAAUUUGCCAAUUUCGAUUUUGAUAUUUGGCGGAAGAAGUAUAUGCGGUGGAUGAACCACAAGAAAUCUCGAGUAAUGGACUUCUUUAGGAGGAUAGAUAAAGAUCAGGAUGGAAAGAUAACAAGACAGGAAUUUAUUGAUGGGAUUCUCUCUUCAAAAUUUCCUACGAGUCGCCUGGAAAUGAGUGCAGUAGCAGAUAUUUUUGACAGAGAUGGUGAUGGCUAUAUUGACUAUUAUGAAUUUGUAGCAGCACUUCAUCCAAACAAGGAUGCAUACAAACCUCUGACAGAUGCAGACAAAAUUGAAGAUGAGGUGACAAGGCAAGUAGCAAAAUGUAAAUGUGCAAAGCGGUUCCAGGUGGAGCAGAUUGGCGACAAUAAAUACAGAUUCUUCCUGGGAAGUCAGUUUGGUGAUUCCCAGCAGCUUCGUCUUGUCCGUAUCCUGCGGAGCACCGUUAUGGUUCGUGUCGGAGGUGGUUGGAUGGCCCUAGAUGAGUUCUUAGUGAAAAAUGAUCCCUGCAGAGUUCAUCAUCAUGGGAGUAAAAUGUUACGUUCGGAAUCAAACUCUUCAAUUACCACUCAGCCUACUAUAGCAAAAGGGCGGACAAACAUGGAGCUCCGAGAGAAGUUCAUGUUAGCAGAUGGGGCUUCCCAAAGUAUGGCUGCCUUCCGAUCAAGAGGACGUAGAUCACGGCCUUCUUCAAGGGGCGCUUCUCCCAACAGAUCCAUGUCUGUAUCCAAUCAACCUGCCCAAGGAACUCCAAUUUCAGCUCUUGCUGCUAGCACACCCAAGACACCCCAUCUUUUAACACGCAACUAUGGUAAACCAUGGUUGAUAAACAGCAAAACGUCCUCUCCUUGUAAACCAUCAGAGUGCUCUGAAUAUCAAGUAUCAUCCACAGAGGGAACUCCAAUACAAGGGAGUAAACUUAGACUUCCAGGAUAUCUUUCUGGGAAAGUUUUUCAUUCUGGAGAAAAUAAUGGCCUAAUUUCAACAGCAGCCACAAGAGCCAGAGCACACUUUGCAGAAACUAGAAAAACACCAAGCAGGCCUGGAAGUCGUGCCGGAAGUAAAGCCGGGAGUAGAGCAAGCAGCCGCCGGGGCAGCGAUGCCUCUGACUUCGACAUUUCAGAAAUCCAGUCAGUGUGCUCAGACCAAUCAGAAACUGUUCAUACCCCAAUCAGACCAACACCCCGACCGAAUUCUCGGUCUGCCUCGGGAAAGUCUUCCAAAAUUCCAACUCCCCAAAAACGAUUGCCGGUCAGCAAAUUAGACAAGUCCUCCAAGAGAUAAUGCAGUUGGCUCCUCAAAGUAUUUUCUUUUCUCCUGUGCAUUAAAUAUUUAAGUUUCUAAGAUGUAAAUUAUCCUGUAGAAAUUAUUGUGAAAUAUGACAAGAGUUGGAUUUUUAAUUUUGCAGAUGGCCUUAUUUGUGUAUCAGUCUUGUUAUUUUAUGUGUAUAGUUUUUGUCAACUUUUCUUUUGUUUAUGCCAUAUUCUUUGUGAAUAGGAGAACAUUUUUUUAAUGUAAACUAACAGUUGUUUGCAGUAACAUAUAGAGAAGUUACUAAAAGAUGUUACCGCUAACCCUUUGCAUCAUACAUCUGCCUGGCCUGUUGCUUCAACAUUUACAGUAAAGGAUACCUCAGAACUUGAUCUUCAUACAAAUGACAAAAAUCUAAGUAAUAUAUUUUGAACUAACAACAUGGACGUUAAUGACAUGUGAUCGAAACUUAAACAACAAUGUGAAGACAACAGUUCUUUUUGCCAUUGUAUUAAUUAAACAAUUUCUUCCAGUAAAUUCAUAAAUAUUGCAAUAUACUCCCAUGGUUUUCAGUGUGCUGUUGCUUUAAGAGACGGCAGAAACGAUCUUGGUCCGGGGUGAGGUUUACACUAGCAUUAGAAUGUCAGUAUAACCUGCAUUCAUUGUAAUGUGAGGUUUUCUUUUGCUUGAGUGGAUGAUAGCUUUGUAUCAUUGGACUCAUUUUAUAUCAAAGCAGUUUUGCUUGCAGAAAGAAAAAAAAAUCUACAAAAUAAAUCUUGUCCCCUUCUCUUUA